AUAAAUAAAUAGAUCGAGGCCUAUAAUAACAAGUCUGUGCUAGAACUAGAUUUAGUUAUGGUGUCUCACCAGAAUUAUAACAACACAGCAUAUUUUUGCUAUUCAAAUUUAUUUUCUCUAGUGUUUGCAUUUCAAAAAUAAUACACAUUUUGUUUACAAGCAAGACUAAUUACCAGCAUCUCACCAUGGCCAAGCCUGACCAAAAACACGCCAUCAAGAGACUGAUGCACGACCAGGAGGAACUGAACCGCGCCCCGGUCGCCAACGUGUCCGCCGCCCCCCUGGACGAGAACAUGUUCGAGUGGCACUGCAACAUCCGGCAAGACGACAUCAUCUACCACCUCAUUUUGUUCUUCCCGCCCAACUACCCCUACAGCUCCCCGAGCGCCGAGUUCGUGCCCGUGGGGUUCCGCUACAACAGUGGCGCCACCAUGCCCGGCAAGAAAGGGACGAAAAUUUGCCUCAACAUUUUCUCGGAUUUCGCCACUUUCCACACGGAGUGGAAGAACGAGAAGGGGCUGGGCUGGUCCCCUGGUUACACCAUCCAGUCCGUGCUAAUGAACGUCGUGUCGUUUCUCGGCGAGACGAGAUCCGGCGACAGCGACACGUUUAACUUGACUCUUUCUAAAAACUUCAACUGUGCCGACUGCGGUCACAGCUACAGCAAGCCCUUCCCGUCAUUGGAUAGCCCCGGUCAUGUGACCAGUGACGUCAGCACGGGUAAAGCCGGUAAGGCUAGCAAAAAGGGGAAAACUAAAGCGAAGGAGAUUCCAGUUGAGGCGAAAGAAGAGGAAGGUUCUGCUCAAGUUAUUGAUUACAUUUCCAAAGAAAAGUUCCAAGUGCAGAAACCCAAAUCGUCUGAAGAUCUUUUCGGUUACGGUCUGGUCGUCUCCGGAAACAAAUGGCGCCCGACCUUGACCUCCCCGUGUGAGUUUUUAACCGGCAGGUCGUUCUACGGUAUGAAAAACGCGGUAAAUGUGGUCCACAGCGUGCUGAAGGAAGAGCUGAAGCUGUUCCUUCCUAUGUACAUCCACCCGCUGCACGGCUCGCAAAUCAAAGAAGAGUUUGAAAAAGCCAUGAAAGAAGUGGCGGCCAUCAUGCCGAAAUACGACCCGAAGACAUCUCCGAUAGAGGAUUUAGUUCUGAAAACUAUCCCCAAUCUGAUGAGCGCCACUGUUGUUGAGUUUUCAAAAGGGACACAACACACGAGCGACAAUCACCUAAACGGCUAUUUUGCCUUACACCGUCUUCUGCUGUGGGCCAUAGAUACGUACCCGGCGCUGCAAGACAAGAUUGAAGAACAGAUUCAAGAUUACGUCGAGAACGAAAACAACCGAACGAAAGACAAAGUCCCGUACAUCGCCGAAUGGCUGAUGCUGGUUCCCGGGUCUGUGAAGUACAAAUGGCAGGACGUCGCCGACGCUUAUCUCAGCGAGUCGUGGAAACGAAACGUCAUGUGGUACGUCAAGGACGACGAGAAACUCGGCUACCUUGACACGGAGAAAGACUACCGGAUCCGGGAGACGUUCCGGCUGACUGACGUGGGCAGGAAGCAUCUGGCGUUCCAGGCGUCCUUCAUCGACAUCGCCAUGCCCCGGGGGAUGACCCGUCAGCAGAUCAUACAGAGGUACGACGACAACCUCGGGUUCCCCAGUAAAGAAAUGGUCGACGCCAUGAAGGAGGCGUUCUCAAAAAUCAACAACGAGAUGGAGAACUACCAGGACUGGUUUAAGAUCUUGAAGCUUCCCGUCCCCACGGACGACCAGCUGUUCAAGACAAUGGUCGAGUCGGUCAGGUACGCCAUAGUGACCGAUGGCUACCACUGGACGUUCGCCAAGACGGGCGGGGGCUGGGGGAAGGUGCUGAAUAAAUACAAGAAGAUGAUCGAGGAACACAAAGAAGGCAAGACCAGAAAGACCGAGGACGACACGUCUGCAGACCCCGAGCCGCCUUCAACGUCAGCCAAAGGAAAAAAUAAAAGGAAGAAUGAAACCCCGAAAGGUGGGAGAAAAGGAUGUAAGAAAACGAAAGUAGAAGAGGAAGCGGAUGCAAUGGACGAUGAAGAGGUCGCACCGGUACAGCCCGUUAAGAAGGCGGCACCAAAAACAACAAGAGGUCGCAAAAAGAAAGGAAGUGACGACAAUGUCCCAGCGGCCAAGACGAAGUCAAAAAGAAAGUAGGAUUUAUAGUGGACUGUCUGAUUUAUAGUGGACUGUCUGAUUUAUAGUGGACUCUCUGAUUUAUAGUGGACUGUCUGAUUUAUAGUGGACUGUCUGAUUUAUAGUGGACUCUCUGAUUUAUAGUGGACUGUCUGAUUUAUAGUGGACUGUCUGAUUUAUAGUGGACUGUCUGAUUUAUAGUGGACUGUCUGAUUUAUAGUGGACUGUCUUGAUGGUUUUGUUUACUUAAUAGUGGACAAUCUAAUGAUUUUGUAAACUAGAUCCGUUUUUAAUAUUCAAGAAACUUGUUUCUAUUUUUUCCAAUGUUUUAAUUUUAACACGGUUACAAGAAUAACGUUGUGAUCAGGUGUUGUUGUUUUUUUUAUUAAGGCAGAUAUUUCUGUCAAAACAUUUGUUCGUGUGAUAUUUUUUUCAAACCCGCUUUUUUGUGCUACCUAAAGAUAUCACACGUAUGUAUAUAAUGUAUAGUUGUUUUACAGAUAAAAUCAUUCUGUGAUGUUUUAUGUUCUUUAAAUUAUUUUCCUGCUGACAUAAGAUAACUUUCUCGAAUAUAAUGUUUUCUUUUUUAAAAUCAUUUCUCUCAUUUACUUUUUAAAAGUAUAACUUCAUAAUAUUUUAGUUUUACGAUGUUCGUUGUUUUUUUUUUCU